AUGCGUUCUUCCUCCUUGUACUCAGCAGCAUUGCUGCUUGCUCACGUUAGUCCAGGUUAUUCCGUCCCAAAGACGGUGCCUAAUAGAGAAACUAUUCAUAAAGAGGAAACGUCCUUCAACACGAAUGUCGAUACGAUAAUAGUGAAGUCCAUCAUCACGGAAGAAAUACGUGAACGUGAAUACGAUGGAGUAAAGGUGGAGAUCAUCAAGAAGGACAUCUUCUCGCCGAGUAUCGUCGUAGACAUGCUCGACUCAUUCGCUAACUUGGUGCAGAGUCCCGCAAUCCGGUUGAAUCAUGAACUUCGCGAAGCUAAGGCAGAAUCCCUCGAGUUGGUUCGUGGCCAGACUUUCGGAGACUGGUGGGCGCGUCGACGUUGGGAUUCCCUGCCAAGCGGAUCGGAAUGGUUUGAUGGAACGUUGGCUGAGGGGAUGCUCUUUUCUAUUGAAGAGGCAGUCUACGACUACGUACCGCAGAUGUUUGCGUUGGACCGGCAUCUCAAUCUUAUGGAUGCGGGUUCGCUCUCUAAUCGGCGACAAGAAGAAGUCUACCUAAAGGAAGAUGCCGAGAGUGCCACCAAUGCUUUAAAGGCCGUAAUCAGAAGCCAGGGGGGAGAUUUGCAUAACGGAGUUGGACGUGUGGCUUCAAUGCUUGUCGCUCGCGCCAGGAGAUUCGCCCAGAACCUUGAGGAGUUCAAUGAAAUUGUUGCGCAGGUCGUCCAGAGAAGCGCAAGCUGGAGUGCACAGGGCGGUUCCCUCAAACGAGAAUCAGCGACAGAAAAGGUAGUAAAUAACAUCCUUUCACGAAUGGGCCAGUCGGUUUUCGCCCCGAAUCGAAACGCUAUUAGAACGUCCCCGAGGCAACGUGCUUUUGCAGACGACAGCGAGCUUGAUGAGAAGUUUUUGAGACUAUACACACGAUACGUACUCAACUUCCUCGAGGACGAUGACGAGAAUACCAACGGUGCGACUGCCCUCCAAACCAUCAAGGAGACAUAUGGGAAUUUCCGCAAGGGUCUUGGAGAAUCCCAGAAAGUCUAUCGUGGAGCCAAAAAAGUCAUGGUUGACACCCGAUCUAUGCUUGAGAGAAAGAGGCAGCACGAGGCGACCGACGCCUACAAGUACGCAAGGUACGCCGUAGACGAGAUGGAGAAGAACCUUGACAGGAUUCUUUACAUCAAUGGGUUCGGACAGAAGUUAGUUGCCAAUGGAACCAAGCUAACCCAAGACAUGGAUACAUUUAAUGCGAGGAGAAUCGAGGAGAUCGAAGCGAUAGAGGCGCGCUCGAAAGGUCUAGAGCCCCAAGACGACGGCCAACCACCGAAGCGCAGUAAGCAAAUGCAGGCGCGACACCCGAUUACGGGGAUACCGUUUACGACAGAGUACUUCUACGAGUAUCAGAUCAGGGCUCCAUGGAGGAUGGUAAAAGACAUACGUGCAGCAGCUGACCGGCUCGAGUACGUGUGGUCGACGUUGCUGUGGUGUGAAGACGAACUGGCGUACUUGAAUAUCUGCGAGGCGGUAAAUUUCGAGCCAGAGGAGCGGAGGGAAGCGCUGGGUAAGAGAUUCCGACGGCCUGAGGGACCUAAGAACGAGGAUUCGCCGCCGUGCGACUCUUUCUCGAACCCGUAUAUCAUGAAGCAUAUGUGUAAAGACGAUUAUACAUUGUAA